AUGUUUCGUAAAUAUCUAUCUAACUAUCUAUCUAUCUAUUUUAUUUUACUUAUCCUUUUCUUUAUCCGCUACCCAUUAUCCCACCCGCCCACGCUCAGUUUCCAAAAAGAUAUUAAUGUACUUAAUCAUAUCAUUUACGCACGGAAUUCAUUUUUGACUAACACACGAAUUCUCCCGAAUUAUCUUAAUUCUCAUCCCCAUCCCCUCUUAUUUUCUUCCUCUCUUUUUCUCUCUCGCUCUCACGCUUUCUCUCUCAUUUUCUCUGUCUUUCUCGCGCUCUCUCUGGCUUUCUCUCGUCUUCGUGACUGCUCUCUCGCUCUUUCUCUUUACCUCUCGCUCUUUCACCCUCUCUUUAUCUUUCUCUGUUUCGCUUUAUAUAUAUCUCUCUCUCUUUCUUUAUAUUUCUCGCUCUCACUCUCUUUCUCUCUCUUUCUAUUCUCUCUAUCUCUCACGCUUUCUCGCUCUUUUUCUAUCUCUCUUUCUCUGUCAAUUUUUCUCUCUCGCUCUUUCUCUCUCUUUAGCUUUCUCUCGUUUUUUUCUCUCUCUUUUUCCCUCUCUUUAUCUUUCUCUCUCGCUUUCUCUCACUCUCUCUUUCUCUCUCUUUUUCGCUCUAAAUCUCUUUUUCUAUCUCUCUCGCUUUUUCUCUCUUUCUAUCUCUCUUUGUCUCUUUCUCUCUCUCGCUCUUUCUCUCUCUCUCUACCACACUUUCUCACUUUCUCUUUUUCCCUCUCUUUUACCAUCGCUUUGUCUCUUUAUUUUCCCAAGUCUCUUUCUCUUGCACAAAAAGCAAGCAUUUCUUACGAAAUUUCGUUUUAUUUUCGUUAA